AUGGGAGGAAAGAAGAAUGUGCCGGCUCUCUUCCAUCCGGAAACGGAAUGCAUAAUCUCAACUUCAAGCCUCUUACCAAUAGUGCAAGCCUUCGAGCAGCUACCUCCACAGCAGUCACACCGAUCAAUAACCGUCCUUUCGUAUUCGGCAGGCAAACCAUCACUUACAAUGGAGGCAUCUCCCGACUUCUUCGAUAUCGGACGGGACAUGCUGGACAAGACCCAACGAGACGUGUGCAGGAGUAUUCACGAUUCGUCUGCUUCUGAACAUUUUGCAGCGCUGUACGACAUAUUUUGCUCGGGCAAUUAA